AGAGGAUGCACCGCCAAUAUGUCAUCUGCAACGUGAAACAGUUCGGAAGGCCCGAGUCCCCAGCCACCUGUUAUACAUGUGUGCGGCCGCCGCGAUAAGCUGGACUUACUAACUGGAGCGUAAUACUGGCUAUCAUGAGAACGAUAUCUUACUGUUCUUUGUCAUUCCCGUUGCAUGCUACCAGCCUUUUCCCGCAGACUCGGUUUACUGUCCCGCCAUUUCUGUUCGAGUUCUUCAAGAAUGUCGUAUCCUGCUUCGAUGCAUGCCAUCACUAUAGCCAAGACCGGGGGUCCAGAGGUACUGGAGAAAACCGAAAUCCCAUUCCCCACAGUCGAGCCCGAGCAUCUUGUGAUCAAGAUCGAAUAUGCCGGUGUUAACUUCAUCGAUGUAUACUUCCGGCAGGGCAUUUACUCAGCUAACAAGCCUUUCCCGUUUGCUAUCGGCAAAGAGGCCGCUGGGACUGUCGUUGGCCUACCGACUGACUCUACUGUGCUCGAUGAUCCCGAGUACCAGAAACGAGGAUACAAAGUAGGGUCUCGUGUUGCCAUAGAACAUCUAGGUGCCUACGCGGAAUACGUUGCUAUGCCAUGGAGGGCAGCGUAUCCUGUUGCAGACAGUAUACCCGUGCGCGUCGCGGCCGCUUCUUUGAUCCAGGGCGUUACUACCAUCUCCUUCAUGGAGGAGGCAUAUACUGUCAAGGAAGGUGACAUCGUCCUCAUCCACACUAUUGCUGGUGGUUUGGGUACGCUCAUGUGUCAGUUUGCUAAAUCUCGCGGGGCGAUCGUCAUCGGGACGACGUCGACAAAGGAGAAAGCUGAAUAUGCCAAGAAGAACGGUGCAGACCAUGUUAUCCUUUACAAGAACGAGGAUACUGUCGCAAGAGUGUUGGAGAUCACGAAUGGCGAAGGUGUACACGCGAUAUACGACGGUGUGGGAAAAGACACUUUUGAUUCCGACUUCAAAAUGAUCAGGAGGAAGGGAACACUUGUUUCCGUUGGGAACGCAUCGGGUCCUGUGCCGCCUUUCCCUCCCUUGAAGCUUGUAGAGAAGAACAUGAAAUUGGUGCGACCGACGAUGGGCAACUAUGCCUACACACCGAGUGAAGUGCUAUAUUAUGCAAAUGCCUUGUCCAGUCAUCUGUCAGACGGAACGCUGAAACCCUCGAUACACAAGGAGUAUCCCUUCACGGCGGAAGGCGUUCGGGAAUCCCACACCGACCUGACCUCUGGAAAGACGAUAGGAAAAUUAUUGAUCAAGAUCAGCGACUGAAAUCAAAGAAUGCAUGUACACCCUGACGGAAUAGUUUGCACUGUACAACAAUGAGCCUUACUCGGGUGCUCGUCAUUGAAUAUUGAGUAUUGAUAACCAGAGAAA